AUGGUACGAUAUGUUGUGAUCAGUGCAGGGCGGGCUUUUGGCUUGCCAAGAUCGAUGGGCUUCUGGAUGCGCAGCUCGGGUGGUAGAUCAAAGAAGCGAAAUGCGCGGGUCGCAGUGCUAUGGCUGUGGGUGGGUGAAGGCGCUCUCGAGGCAGCAGCCGAUGUCAUGCGCGAGGACAUGGGCGUCGACGCGCUGCUUGACGCGGGAGACGACGGGACCUUACGGCGUGUGCUUGUCCUGAUCCAGCACGCAGGCACAGCGGUUCAAUGGAAAGCAAAGGCUCGGCUCCGUAGGAGGGCAGUACUACCAGCAGAGACGGCGUGCUACGGGGGACGGGAGGCCAUGACUGCUCGCGUGACCUCGCAGCGCUCAUGCAGCCAUCUCGACGUUGGCUGCGGCUGCGUGGGACGAGUGAUGGUUGCUGCGUGGGAAGGAGGAGCUGGCCGGGCGGCAGGAGGCAGACAUGAAGCGGAGCAGGCGCGUGUGAUGCUGAGGCACGACAAGCCUACGAGCGUCUUAAGCAGGAGCGAGCAGAGGAGAGGAGAGGAGAGGAGAAGAGAUGGAGUGCUCUGGUGGCGUCAGCGUCAGCGUCAGCGUCAGCAGUCACCUGAUACUGAGAGGUUGAUGCCGAGUUUUUUUUUGUCCAGACCAAACGGGAGUCGACGCUCACUGCCAUUGCUGCUCACGUCGCUUCUUGACAGCCGGGUUCGCUCUUUCCAAGAUAUACAACUGCCCGCCCAGGAAAGAGAAGACCAUUUCGCGGCCGACGGGAGAGCACGGACACUUCCGUAA